CCAACAUCAUCUUUGCUUUGUAGAACAAGGCAGGACGCCCCUGCAAGCAUGCUCAGCAGGCUGCUGAAGAGCAGACUACCGAAGUGCAAUGGCCGGCGGAUGUCUUCCUUGCAAGGUGAACUUGCGGCUUAUCAGCAACCACCAACCAAGGUGACCCGGCUUCCGAGUGGGAUGCGAGUUGCUUCACAAUACACACCGGAUGAGACGGUGACAGUUGGGGUUUGGAUUGAUGCCGGAAGCCGAUUCGAGACAAAGGAGAACAAUGGCACUGCCCACUUUCUGGAGCACAUGGCCUUCAAAGGCACCAAAAAGCGGAACCGAAUCCAGUUGGAGCAGGAGAUUGAAAACAUGGGAGGGCAUUUGAAUGCCUACACUUCUCGGGAGCAAACUGUCUACUAUGCAAAGUGCUUCAAGAGUGACUUGCGAAAUGGUGUUGACAUUUUGGCAGACAUUCUGCAACAUUCCACUCUGGACCAGGGUCACCUGGACUUCGAGAGGGGAGUUAUUCUUCGAGAAAUGGAGGAAGUAGAAAAGACCACUGAGGAGGUCAUUUUUGAUCGCUUGCACCUCACGGCUUUUCACGACAGCCCGCUUGGCUACACCAUCCUGGGGCCCGUGGAGAACAUUCAGUCCAUUACCCAGGAGCAUCUGCGGGAGUAUGUGAAGGAAAACUACCUCGCAGAACGCAUUGUAGUGGCAGCUGCGGGACCUGUGGACCAUGCUGAGCUUGUGCGGAAUUCCGAAGAGCUCUUUAGCCAUUUCCGUUCAGGCGACGGGAAGAGAAAGGAGGAGAAGCCAGCUUUCUAUGGAGCAGAGUUGCUGUACAGAUCUCAAGAGGAGGGAAGCCUUGCUCAUUUUGCUGUUGGCUACGAGGGCGUCCCAUGGACGCAUCCCGACUCCUUGACUUUCAUGGUAAUCCAGUCCAUCAUUGGCAACUACAAGAAGAAUGAAGGACUGGUGCCUGCGAAGCUUUCCAGUAAUAGGCUGACGAAUUCCGUGGCAAACCUUGGUCCAGGGGCUGAGUCUUUCUCAGCUUUCAACACUUGCUACAAGGACACGGGGCUCUUUGGAUUUUAUGGUGAAAGCGACGAAGCCACACUGGAUGGUUACUUGGACGAGUUGCUCUUUGCAGUGAGUAAUUUGGCGUUCUCAGUGACGGAAGAGGAGGUGGAAAGAGGAAAAAGACAGUUGAAGACGACUCUUUUCGGAAGUCUGGAUUCAACAACCGCGAUUGCAGAGGACAUUGGUCGGCAAUUGCUGGUCUAUGGGCGACGCAUCCCGCUUGCAGAGCUUCUCCUACGUUUAGAUGCCAUAAACAUCGAGGAGGUUAAGCGGGUGGCACGAGAGCGACUCUUUGACAAAGACGUGGCAGUGCCUUAGUCACUCCAUGUGUACCUGGUUGUACCUGGUAUCAUUUGUGGGUCAAAAUGGAAGACCGUUAAGGGGACCACAGAUGGAAAUGUCUAUUUUUAGUAUUAACUGUAUUAACCCUCCAAUUAUUGAGGGACCCAAUUUCGACCACCCAUUUCCCCAUGUAGGUUACAGCCCUCGGCCCAUUGAGCCGGAUGCCACCCUUGGUGGAGCUGCGUCGACGGACCGCUGCAAGGAGGCUCUGAGUAAGUGCAAAGCCUGCAAUGUCGCAGUUGUUAGAGCCCGAAGGUGUCGCAGUGCAGCAAUGCUUGAAGCAUUGUGUUGCGAGCAUGGCUUUACAGGCCUACACCAGACCAUUUCAGGUCAUGUUCAUAGACAAAAUGAUCAAAAUGCUGAGGAACA